UUUUUUUUUUUUUGAGCUUUAUUUUCUCUCUAUGAACUUAAAGAAAGCUACAAUAUAACUAGCCUGCCUGCAUUGCCUUUACUUUUUCAAUUUUCUAUACAAAAAGACACAGCAAUAUGGAGAACAAUAAUGAGUGCAGAGAUUUUAGCAAGGUAAAGUGGAAGAGAAGACGGAGAAGAGCUGUUCGCGGGUCGGUUAGAAGUAAGGUGAAGAAAUUGCAGAGAUUAAUUCCAGGUGGAAAAGGGUUGCAGCCCGACCACCUUUUUUUAAGAACGGCUGAUUAUAUAUUGCAGUUGAGGUUGCAAGUUAAUGUUUUGCAAGCGCUUUCCAAGAUUUACACGCCAUGAUCCAAAGCUUGAUAUAGUAGCGUAUGUCUUUUUUUUUUCUAAUUAUUUUUUCGGCAUAUAUAUUAAGUUUAAUUUAUAAUAUAGACUUGAUUAUUGAGUAUAUUACUUCUGUAAUACGAUUAUAAGUUAAUGCAUGUUCUUUUCUUGUAGCUUGUUUCAUUAUCUAUCUAUGCAAUUAUCAAGAUUUUACACCA